CACAGGAGCACGGCCUCGGCGCACAAGAUAAGGAGGUGAGCGCUCUGCGUGGCAGAGUCGCUCCCGUGUCGGGGCGCCGGCAGGAGGCCCCACGGCGGCGGUGAGCCGCGGAGGAGAAGAAGGAGCGCCAGGGAGGGGGACGCUCCCGUGCUCCCAUUCUCCCCCCGUCUCGCUCUGCCAAGGAAGGAAGGGCAUGGCCCUGCGAGCGGACGCGACGAGGCUCGCGUCCUCCAGCCUCCGCCGCCGCCACGGCCACCUCCUGCCGGCAGCCGCCACCAGCUUCAGAUUCAAGCAGGUGCGCGAGGACGAGAAGAGCAAGCUGGUUGGAAACAGAGAAGAUGUUCAGGCGCGGCGCGGCGGGCGGAGCAGCAGAGGUUCAGGCGCCGCGCGGCGGGCGGAGCAGGAGAAGUUCAGGGGAGGUGCCAGCGGAGCAGGAGAGGUGGCAAAGGCGUCCAAUCCAACUCAGGUGGAGGCCAAGGAGGUUCGGCUCUCGGACCUUGCACCAAUGAUGCUGGAUGAUACCGACGUGGAGACUAUGGAUAUCAUGGUUCUCUGA